GGGCGCCGGGCGGGUGCGCGCCACCGCUCACUUAUAAAUGGUGUGGAAACCCGACGACACCACAUUACGAAUUCGGCGGCUGCACCAUUCAGCCGUCCGAUCAGAGUGCUACAGAUACUGUGUUGUGAACAAUAUAUUCGUGCAGUGAUUUAGUUUCAACGACGCGGCACACAUCCUAAAUAAGCAUCCAAAAUGAAAUUCACGGUGGUACUCGUUACAAUCUUCAGUAUAUCAUGGGCUGUGAAAGUUCAGAAUUCGGACGAUCCUAAGGACAAGAGGGAAGCUCCCGUGGGAUACCCUGCCGGAGGUCACUCUUCUCACAGCUUCCAAGCACCGUCAUACGGACAUGAAGGUGCUAAUGCCAUUAGCAUUGGAGCCGGAUACAGCGUCGGCGGCGCCAAACCCAGCUUCAGUUACGGAGCGCCUGAAUCGGGCGCUGGACUCCAGCUGUCAUCGGAGAGCCUACCUUCCAGUGGCCACGCUACUAUCCAACUCGCACCCAUCACCUUACAGCCGUCUCACGGCAAUAUCGUUUCUGGCGAUCUCGCUCAACUCAUGAGUCAGCUAUCCCACGGCCUGAAUACCGGAGCACUAUCUCUCUCUCCUUACCAAACUUCUGAUCAAAGCCUUCACGGUAGCCAAGAGGUCGCUAUUCCUCAAUACUCUUUUGGAGAUGGAAAACUGCAGCAAUACAGCGCGCCUGAGCAGCAUGGUAUUUCGAGCGUGCCAUCCUACGCAGCGGGCACUAAAGGAUUAGGUUCUUACGGUUCCACUGGGCCAGUCUUGUUCCAACCUUCCGAGUCCCACUCUAGCCAACCCGCUCUUACCUACGGCGCUCCCAACGGAGGACACUCCUUUGGUGAAGCCGGUGGUCUGUCUAUUGGCUCUGGUCAUUCUUUGGCUGGACUUACAUUAGGUGACUCUGGACACGCUCUGGCUGGUUUUGGUCAGUCUCUAGGUAGUCAUUCCUUAGGCGAAGGCGGACUUACUCUGGGCGGUUCUGGUCACUCUCUGGGCGGUUCUGGUCACUCCCUGGGCGGUUCUGGCGGUCACUCUCUGGGAGGCUCUGGUCACUCUCUUGGUAGUUCUGGACACUCUCUCGGUGGUUCUGGACACUCACUCGGUGGCUCUGGGCACUCUUUAGGUGGCUUGGGACAUGUGUAUGGUGGUUCCAUUAAGAGCUUUGGCGGUGGCUACGUUGUACCAAGCAAGGCGUCAUUCAAACCUUCAACCUAUAUAGGCACACACGGCGACUCCAUUCAUGGCUUGUCUGCAUCUCAUGGUGUCCCAUCGUUUGGAUCUCACUCCUUGUCUGGAGGUCAUGGUGGUUUGUCUCUCGGUUCAAGUGGUCAUGGAGUGAGCUUUGGAAACUACGUUGGUGGGUCAUCCAAACACGUCGCUCCCUCUUAUCUUCCACCUAAGUCGAAAGGUUUUGGUGGCGCCCUAGAUUCCGUUGCUUACUCUUCUAGCCAUGCAUCGCCUCCCCGUACUACUUAUGGUGUCCCUACAUCUUCCUACUCGGGCAGUUCCGGUGUUUCAAGUCACGCCGCGGCUUCGCACAGCCCUGAAUAUUACGUAUCGUCAUCGAAAUUCCCCAGUUUUGGCGAGGGAAGUUCGUCUUUCAAGGGUCCUUCCGGUCAUAGUGCCCUAAGCUCGUUCUCAUCCGGACCUAAAUACAGCUUUAGCCAUAGCCCAAGUGCCCGUUACGGUGCUCCCAAGGACAUUCACGGAUCGUUCAGUGAAAAUUCAUACAACACCAUCAAAUACAGCGAGGAGCUGAAACCACGUGCUCAUUAAUUGCAUUAUGUACAAACGUUAAAGUGUAGUCGUGUAAAUAUAGCUUUGCAUGUUAGGAUUGUGCGGAAUGUGAUAUGCAUCGGGCCGGAUCUAGAGCGGGUAUUUUUAUUAUAUUAUGCUUAACUCAGUGAAGGCUUAGUUAUAAGGUGUAUUGUAGUCAAUGAACAUUCGAAGGAUAGUUUAUCUCGUAGCACGUGUCCGUCCCUGUGCGGUCUAGACACGUGAUUCAGCGAAAGUGUUGUCUUUGGUGUUAUUUAUUUGCGUACGUUCCGCUAAUUAGCUGCGCAGGCGACCGAUUCGAGUCCGGCCACUCAACUAAGUACGUGUUUCGGAUACUUGUGGCUGUGCUUUCUUUUCGGUAACUCGUAAUUAUGUGGCUUGAAUGUUUAUCACAUCGGAACUGGUUUCCGAGCUAGAGAAAAAGUUGAGAUAAAUGUAGGCACGUGGUCCGAUCGAAGAAUGUUGUGUAUCACCGUGACUGGCUGUAAAUAUUGUUGUGUAGUCAUAGCUUAUUUAUUAUUUGUAGAUGAUAAAUUGUGACAAUUGUUAUUGUUUUUUUUUUAUAUA